ACAAAACAAAAGAACUUCGGUUUAUCGGUGAAUGUGCGUAUUAAAUUUUGAUUUUUCUAACAUCAACCGUCUCGUUUCGAUCCUCUUCGUCGAGUUAGAAGAUAGAACAUAAUAAGCUGUUACGGGACGCCGAAAAACGUGGAUCUGAUCUGUUUAUCGAAGUUUUCAAGCUCAAAAUUUUAAUAAGUAACAUUAUCUCGAAUCAUUGACGAUGGAGUUGGAUAUGAAUGGAUUAGUGGUGCCGAACAUGCAGGUUUGGUACCGGCAGAACAGUUUCAUCAGCACUCCGGACAAUGGAUUGCUGUAUUAUUCGCGAUCGGACGUUAACUACAUUGCUCCUCUUGUGAAGGGUCAGUUGCCCCAGGUGAAGAUCAUCAAUGUGAAGUCUACAAUUAAGGCUUUGGCCUGUUCUCCAGACUGGAGCGAGCGGAGAGAGUUUGCUACUCUGGACGAGCAGAAUAAUUUGCUGUUAUGGGAUGUCGACCAGGGAAAUUCCAUCAAAGGUCACAAAGGCCACAUGUAUAAGCUGUGCAGGGUGGAAAACCGUGGCGGCCAGAGCAAUGAGGUGACCUCGGCGAUUUGCUUCACCCUGACCGAAAAGAUUAUAUCCUGCGAGUAUUCGGUUAUGAUUAUUUAUUGUCUGGUGACUGAUACGUAUAAAAUUUAUGGUGACUUCAUCAAGCCCAAUAAUACGGUGGUUGUGAUUUCGCCCUGUCCGACGGAUCGAGACAUAUUUGCAGUAGGAAUGAAGAAAGGGUUGAUUCAGUUGAUUUCCAUUCGCGAUAUGACGGUUAUUCGGAAUAUGCGAGGCCACGAUAAGGAGAUCGUGUCCAUCGACUGGAUGCAGAUUAGAGUAAAGCCGGAGCAAGCCAACUGGCGACAGGAAGAACGCCCCAAGAAAGAGGCCCAUAAGAAGAAUGGCAACAAAACAAGAGGAAAACCCGCAGAUACAUCCGCUGCCACAGCCACGGAAAAUUCGGAAAUUUUCGAUAUCUACGACUACAACGAGAAUGAGGAAGAAUUUGGUACCAUAAUCGAUCGGGAGUCGUCGAGCUAUGAUCAGCGAGAUCGUUUCCGGGACAAAGUUCACUCCACGGAAGGGUUCAAUUUUCUGGAAGAGUGCCAAAACUUGAAGGAGGAUUUGAUCAAUGCAAGGCAGCAGCAAGAACAGGACAGUGAGGAUGUAGCAGAUGAUGCCGAAAAGCCACAUGAAAUCAAUACCGACGACGAGAACGAGCUGGACGAAGCUGAGAAGUUCCGAGAUUUCAUUAUAGUUGACGAUGAAGGAAAGGAGGACGCCGAGGAAGUGAAAGAUGAUGAAGAGGAAGGGGAUUUGAAGAUGAUCUUGGUAACCGGAAGCCGGGAGAAUGCUAUUUUCUUCUGGGAUCAUGAGUCGGGAGUGGCCAUUGACAAGAUCAUGCUGGCCAGCAAGCAGAGCUCCAACAAUCGGCUGGGUAUAUUCAUAACGGCUGCUUGGAUGAAUCCAACGAAGAUCGUUGCGAACAAUGCGUCGGGAAACGUGUACGAGUGGAAUCUAUCGUUCUUCUACCGCGCAUCUCGGGUGAGAAUGACAGCCACUCAGAACCCCAACCGAUACCCAGUGGACAUGGCAAUCUAUUUGGUACGGUCUCGUGGCCCCAUCGGUGGAGGUGAUCCCAAAGGGAACUACGUGUGGUGCCAGUCGAUCAAUAGAAAGAUCGUUGGUGUGUCGGUCACCAAAACGCCGGAAAUCGUCGCCGAUCUGACUUGUUUGGCUACCGGAAAUACGUGCAUUGCAGAGAACCCACUGGAAUCGACGAUACUGGCUAUCGGUUGCAUCGAUCGAAAACUGGCCACGCUCAAUCUGGCCAGCUUGGCAUACAACGAUGUAACCUGCGUUCCAUUUAUGAACAAGAUUUGCAGCAAAGUUACGGCUCUCGAUUGGCAUCCGGUGCGGGAGAACUACAUCGCGUUCGGGACAGCCGAGGGGCGGAUCGGUAUACUUGAUACCAACGGGCCGAAUAACGUUCCGGUGCUGAUGAAUUCGUUCCUGUCGACCGAUGUGUAUACGCUCAAGUGGUGCGAAAUGACGGAUGAGUUCCACCAAAAGACUAUGGUGCUGUUCGCUACUGGAAAGUCGAAGAUUGCGUACUACAAGAUAAUCGGAGUUGGUAAGCACGAUCCCAUCGAGCUGCAUCAGUUCGGUAUGGUUUCAAGCGUGUCAGCCUCCGGGCAUUACCUGUUCGUUGGUACCCAGGAUGGUUUCGUGUUCAUCAACGAUCUUAGCAAGAGCUUGACUCAGCUGUACCACCGAAGCAUUUCGCGGCGGUACAUUUGUUCAAUGCAGUUCAAGGAUAACGUUCUUGCUGUGGCAUCCAACGAGAUCAACAUUCGGCUGAUCGAUUUUAGCAACGGAAUGGAUGAUAAAGUUGACGACAACAUCACAACGCUGACGGGUCACCUCGAGGGUGUAUGCUGUUUGAGAUGGGGCCACGGAGACAGCAAACUGCUGGUCUCCGCAAGCUUCGACGAUACGGUUCGAGUUUGGGACACGGCCAAUGGCAGCUGCAUUGCAGUGUACCGGAGCAUCGAUUCGGUAUUCUGUGCCAUCUUCUCACCGAUCCAGGAAAAUAUCGUUAUUCUAACGGGAAAGGGCAUCACAUUGUCAUUUUUCGACUACACCAAGUAUCCUGUCACGGAACAUUCGCUGGUCAAGAAACCACGUGUUCUAGUCAAAUGGGCAAUGGAGGAAAAGAGAAACGACAAGAAAGCAUUACGAGACAGAAAACGUGCCGACAAACCUUUGGAACAGUUGCAAAAAUCUCUUGACACGUUACAGAUCUCCGAUAACGCUCCGGCGCCGGACGUGGUGGCAGUGGCUGUAAAUGGUGAUUUAGCGGGUCAUAUUGAAGUUGAAGAAAAACCUACAGCAAAAUCCACGCCGAAUGUGGACGAACUGGCGGAUCAUUUGAAGGAGAUCAAAUUCAAGGAAAUCAAACCAGCACAGUUGAACUCCAACGUACCGACGACGUUCCAUCUGACCUAUAGGGAAAUUAAUAAGCCAGCCGAUGUGCUGGCAUGCAUAGUCAAGUUGACCAGCUACGAAGAGCCAAACGAAGAUGUGGAUGAAAAUGGCGCAGAAGAACAACUGCCGGUCAUUAGCGAAUCCACUGAAACCGAUGAAAAGAGGUACUUCAACGAGAAACUGUUUACGAGUGAGAAAGAUCUGAAAGAGCUUAUCGAAGAGGAGACUAAGAAUCACAUCGUCGCACAUACGGCAUCCAUUGGGACCAUCCUGUUGCCGCAGAUUGGUUUCCGGUUAAAAGAGGAAAUCAUUCGAAGGAUUGCUUCGAAAACACUCACCGACCAGUUGGUAGCGUUGGCGCCGUCAAUUUCUUACGAAUUUUGGCGCAAGUGCUGCGAGGCUUACGGAUAUCAGUUCCUAGAGAAGCAGUAUACCCUGGCAUCGAUUCCAUACUUUUUGGCUAGUCACAAGAUUACCGAAGCGAUCGACUACCUUUGCAAGCACAAGUUCUUCCGCGAAGCGUGGGCCAUCUGCAAACUGCGCAAGGCGCAGGAUGAUCCCACCCACGACCAGGUGGCCACCGAGUGGGCCCGGUAUCUGGAGACCAACGGAAAUUUCGAGGCAGCUGCUCUGGUGUGGACGGCAUCGAAGAAUUACAAAAACGCUGUGACAGCGCUGUUGAAGCGCCAGGAAAUUACCGAAGAUAUUCAGCGUGCCAUCGAUGCGCUGACUGCCAAGCAACAGCAAUCAACCGAGUAAAAAGUGACCUGCAGUAUUUUAAGCUACUCUAAACGGUUUUCAUUUUUAUUUUUUACUUUAAUCGUUAACUCCGUUGUUUCUAUCACAUUGAUACUGACUCUGGCAGUGAUAUUUGAACUGAAAAGUUGAACACGAUUGAAAUACAUUACCUAUUAUUACAUAAGAC